CUAGGCCUGUCAAUCACCGAGCCCCACCUUCAGGAAGUGGCAGAAUCCCGGAAGUGAAGGCCGGAGCCUGUGAUGAUCUAUGGCAGAGAAGGAGCAAAACUGAAACAGCAAAAAUAUUAAAACAAUUAUAUAUAUACAUAUAUAUAUAUAUACCAGAAACCGGACAACACGAAGUAUAAAACCAGCAAAUCUCAACCGUAACAACCCGUCUUUAGGUGGAGUGUCCUCUCUGAUUGCCUCAGCGUUCCCAGUUGGGCGUCCAGCUUUCCCUUUCCUUUUUUUUUUGUUUUUUUUGUUUUUGAAAGGCGCUCCAGCACUUUACUUUGGCCAUGGCGGGUCGGGGAGGUGCGGCACGAUCAAACGGGCCGCCUGCUGGAAACAAAAUCUGCCAGUUCAAACUGGUGCUCCUUGGGGAGUCCGCUGUAGGCAAAUCCAGUCUGGUGCUGCGCUUCGUCAAGGGACAGUUCCACGAGUACCAAGAAAGCACAAUCGGGGCUGCCUUCCUCACACAGACGGUCUGUUUGGACGACACAACGGUCAAAUUUGAGAUCUGGGACACGGCCGGGCAGGAGCGAUAUCACAGCCUGGCACCGAUGUAUUACAGAGGGGCUCAGGCAGCCAUCGUUGUUUAUGACAUCACUAACACAGAUACAUUUACACGAGCUAAGAACUGGGUAAAGGAGCUUCAGAGACAAGCCAGCCCUAACAUAGUGAUCGCUUUGGCGGGCAACAAGGCUGACCUUGCAAACAAGAGAGCCGUGGAUUUCCAGGAAGCGCAAGCGUAUGCAGAUGACAACAGUUUGCUGUUUAUGGAGACUUCAGCGAAGACAGCGAUGAAUGUCAAUGAAAUAUUUAUGGCUAUAGCCAAGAAACUCCCGAAGAACGAGCCCCAGAGUGCCACAGGCACGGCGAGCCGGUCUCGAGGAGUGGACCUACAAGAGAACAGCCCGCCGAGCCGGAGCCAGUGCUGCAGCCCCUAACAGAGAGAGACAGAGAGAGAGAGAGAGAGAGGGGGGAAAAAACAAAAUGCAACAAGAAA